UCCCCCACCACCAUCUUGAGAUCAGUGUAUCGUUACUGAGCAAGCCACGAAUCUUAAAAUGAAUGACCAGCUUUGCAAACUUUUUGUCGGAGGUCUCAACGUGGACACCGACGACGAUGGCCUUCGCAAACACUUCGAACAGUACGGUUCUCUCACCGACUGUGUGGUGGUGGUGAACAAGCAGCUGCAGCGGUCCCGUUGUUUCGGCUUUGUGACCUACUCCACACCGGAGGAGGCCGAUGCAGCAAUGGCGGCCAGGCCUCACACAGUGGAUGGCAGUGGCGUGGAGGUGAAGAGGGCCGUGGCGAGAGAAGACGCUAACAAACCAGAGGCCCUCGCCAAGGUGAAGAAAAUAUUCGUCGGUGGGUUGAAAGACGACAUCGAGGAGGAACACCUCACCGAACAUUUCUCCCAGUACGGUGAAAUCGAGAAGGCCGAAGUCAUCUCGGAGAAGGAUACCGGGAAGAAGAGGGGCUUCGGCUUUGUUUACUUCAACGACCACGACGCCGCAGACAAAGCUGUGGUGGUGAAAUUUCACACCAUCAAUGGACACAAAGUGGAAGUGAAGAAAGCCCUGACCAAGCAGGAGAUGCAGGCGUCCGGCAGGAGCGGGAUGCCGCAGAGGGGCAGAGGCCGAGGCAUGAGGGGAAAUCAAAAUGGCUACGGCAGCAGGGACUACAGCGGAAACUACAACUACGGUAAUGGCGGAGGCUAUGGCGGCGGCGGAGGCUAUGGAGGCGGAUAUGGUGGCGGGCCAUAUGGGGGUGGUUAUGGAGACCAGGGAAGCGGCUACGGAGGUGGAAACGGCUACAACGAAUUCGGCAGCGGGUAUGGUCAGCAUUCUUCUGGUUACGGCCCCAUGAAAGGACCACCCUUCGGCGGGCAGAGGAGCGCUGCUCCCUACACCAGAGGAGGUGGCGGAGGAGGUGGUGGAUACCCACGAGGGGGCUACGGAGGCGGCGCAUACUAAUCCAACCACCCCAUCGAUUCAAUUACCUCCAGGAUUUGGACACCAAAAUGAAAUUCGUGAAAUGCCGUGAAUCCAACAAUGGCAGAGAUACGGACACAGAGACCCCCUAAUCACCAGACCUCCCAACCCCCAACAGGUUGCUACGGUAACCUGGGCAUGAGGCGUCACCCUGAAAAACACUUGGGGUGUGUGUCUCCACGCCGACGGGCAACCGGAGAGCGCUUGUGCCUUUUCCCCCUCAGGUGAUGUCAGUUUUCACAAAGGAUUCCUCAAUGUGGUCUAAAUGCAUUAGAGUCUGACCCUGGGUUUUUAUUCUGAAAGGUUUUAUCAACUCUUUGUUCAGAAACAUUUGAUACCACAGUGCCCCGGUGCAGUGUAAGCGUUAUUUCCCAACAAGCAAAUGCUUUUUUAUCUCAGAUUUUAAUCUCUUUUAUAGGAUGUGAAGAUUUUAACAUGUGCUGCAAUAAAUAAGUUUCAAAAAAGUUUUUAUCUGCUCCAUUUAUCUUUUCUCUAAUCCUUACGACUUCAGAUUUAUUUUAGGAAUGCUUACACAAGAGCUAAUGCUCACAUGGAAGAGACCAUUUGCACUUGGGUACUGUGGAUUUCAAAAAUAAAACUUGAUUGAUUUAUAGCGUGUGUUGUGUUUUCAAUAAGUUAAACAGUUUCUGGUAUUAUUUUUUAUAUACCUCUGUGGUAAACUUUAAGUACCACUCUGCCAAAAGUCCAAUACAACAAACUACGAAACAUAAAAUGAGCUGCAGAAAAGCCACGUGCUUAAACUGCACCACAUGUCUUGCGUAAUCAGGAAGUAGAGGCCAUGAUGCAAGAUACCCAUAUCUUGGAACUUCAAGUUUGGGCUGUUAUUGGACAACUAUCAUAAACUGGCCCAUAGCUCAAACUCAUAAGGGUUCAAAUUUGUCAAUAAUUUCAUACUUUUGCCCUUUCUGACGGUCUUGUGGCUGAAAUGGUAUAUACCGGAAGAAAUAAUGAAUGAUUGCUUAUCUGUCUUGUAAAGUUCUCUCUAGAGGAUGGUGGAUUUUCCUUAAUUACACUUCAGCAUUUGAAGACAACUCAUGUGUUAUGGUUGGUAAUGUCUGAGUUUGAAAUUGUUAAAUCUAAAGCAUGCUGGUAAGGCAUAUGUGAAGUGCCCCUUGCAGAUGAAGAAAGAAAUGGUCGUCAGUCUUAACCAUAAUCUCUUGAACAAACAAUACAUCUGACAGAAAGUCUUUGAUUUACCUCCAACAGCUGAAGUCGGAACAUUAAACUGGCAGUUUAAAACUUAGCUGGAUGAAAGAAAUUGAACAGACCAAACCUCAACAUAAGAGGUAAUUACAGAAGUAAUUCCUCAGUCAACAUUGGAGGAAGGGGCAAUCCUUUAAUGAAGUCUUGUCUGAUGUACUGUGGCGAUUCAGGAAGUUCAGUGUGACAUAACUUGUUGGUUUAAAUGCGUGAUUAAUCCUAUGUUAUAGUGGGAAUGUACAUUUGACUUUUGUUCUUUUAUAGGAUAAUGGUGGUUGAGGAUUUCUGAUCAUCCCAUAGGAGAGGAAUCAUCUGUUAUGUCAGCGGUGCUUUUUAUGAAUCUACAAUAAAUUAUAUAUUUUUAUACACCA